UCAAUCACACAUAUAUCCUACCUCGCUCCUUUCUCGCUGCUAUCUCUCUGUUUUAAAAACACCAAACCACGAUAUAAGACGGAUCUGGAAACAAUUUAUAAUGAUGAUGAACCCCACUCACCUGACCCCUUUGGAAGGACGCCACCAUCAACAUCCUCUGCACCAUCCUGAAGUUGUUCAGCAGCCGCGUCGCUUUGCCUGUGACCGCUGCCGUAUGCAGAAGUUGCGAUGCGAAAGGGACAUCUGGAGACCCUCGCUUAUGCCAUGCAAGCGCUGUCGGAAAGCCCGUAUAGCAUGUACCAUUAGCUCGAUGGAUCGUCCUGUGAGCAAGAAAAAGACGAAAGAUAGAGUUCUUGCAAUCACAAAACCGGAGAAGACAACCACUGGCAGACACCCACAGGGUACGCAAGAAAUCUCAUCACCGCUAGACGUCUCCGAUCAGCUGCCGGUGGACAAUACCGCCGGCUUCUACCCAGAGGCAAUUCCCAGAGAGAUUAGUAUGAUUGGGACAGGGUUGCAGUCAGAAGAUUGCUAUUUAGUAAAUAGUGGAUUCGAAGAAUACCAAGUUCCUGUGUUUUCGGGCCUGAUAACACCCCCUUCAAUGGACAAUGAACAAGAGCGCCAGAUUCCGCUACAGACAACUUCUUUCCCGGCCGCCAGACAGCAGGAUUGGACACCGGAGAGUGACUGCAGCAAAGGCGCAGAGGGCUAUGAGUUUGAUGACCCAUUUCCUUGCCUCGACGACAGAGAGCAAUGGUGGGACCAGGAAAAUCUGCGAAGAUUGCUCGAUAUGAAUAUGCAUCUACUAGAUUGUCAAAGCUUGGUAGCUCAGGAACUUGCCAUGCUAGGCAAUAUGCAUGCAAAUGUCGCCUUGACUAAUCUCGAGUCGGCAUCGCGGAACGUGCUGCGCUACUCACAACAGUUUCUCGAAGUGGUGAAUGUGUUCGUUGAUGGGGGUCUGGUACCAAUGGCGACAGUGUUCCCCAGAUCCAUGGCUGUAAACGCAUUCGCUCCUCAUAUCCACACACCAGUCAACUCCCGCCGCCCUUCGUAUGUACAACAAACACCGACCUCGACGAUUGAGCCGAUAUUAGUUCCAGGAGCGGAGGCUGCUAUACCCCCUCAGAUCACCCCCCUGGCAUCGUUUACAUUACCUUCGUCUGGCCAGCCAUCCUGGCAAGGAACACAAUUUGAAGAUGUCCAAGUCUCGUUGAUAUUAGCCACCAUCAACUGCUAUACCUGCUUGAUUGGCAGUUACCAUAUUAUUCUCUCAUACCUCCUUCAUGAAUUGAUGGCUGUGGUGACGCCGGAACAACAAAGUCAGUCUUCAUCAACGUUCCCGGACUUCGCGACUCCAUUCGCCGUCACCGCUCAUGUUCAGCAGCCUGACAGGGACUCGCAGCUUCGGUUAAUCUUUCAUAAUUGUAUGGGUAUGCUAGCACAACUUGAGCUGAGCCUUGGGCUGCCUGAACAACAUUGUGUUGCUUCAUGGGCGUUGUCUUUCCCAGGGGUUGGGCAACCUCAUCGCCAUGAUGGGGUCCUCUCUGGGCCUGUGGCUGCAAUUCUUGUCAACACUCUUGUAAACCAAAAAUUUGGAUUGUGCGUCAACGGGUUGGCCACAGGGAAAAACUCGAUGAAGGAUAUUAUAGCAACUAUCAACCAGUUCUUCGAAGCAGGCCACGCAGCGACUCAGGUGAUUGGCACAGUGAAGCCUUGACGAAGAGAAACAGCAAACAUCAAUCAUUGAAGAGGUUUCACCAAGCUAGCUAAUCUUCUUUCCCUUUGGCGUUUCGCCUUGAAGGAAAUGUGUGUAUUCAAUAAUGUUUUGCCCUUUGCUUUUGAGUUUCGUUCUUUGUUUUCCUUGACUUGUCUGGUUUAUAUGUCUUCUGAAUUAUGCGUGAUAUCGGGGAAAUGGCAAAAGAAAGGAGAACACCGUUAAAACGAUCUGAAACUGUGGAGUUUUGGACUAUGGUAUGGCAUUGGGAAUGGAAGGUAAUGUGGGUAUCAGAAUCCACCGGUAUAUUGAUGGGCAUGGGUCAUGAAAAUGGAUAUGGAUAUGAGAUUGGGUCAAAAUAAUGGAAUAUUAUUGGCUAUGGGCGUGGACCUCGGGAUGGGAUUUUGGAUAUGACUGCUCUCAUGAGCGCGGACAGCUGGCGUUUGAUACGCAUCACUUUUCUUUCUUAUUUCGCAUUUCGAUAUUGUCUGUGUGAUUGUCGAGGGGUAUCAGUUUGAACCCAGGCCAACAGACAUAUGUUUGGAAAAGCCACUCUUGCUCUCGAUAUUUUUGUGUGCUGUUCCGUUGAGCAUGAUAUGUACAGUCUAAAUAUAAGCCCGAAACACUUAGGAUAGCAUUCAUCUAUGGAUCUAUCAAUCUAUGGAUCAACACAAUCGAUAAUAAUGAUAAUAGGGUAGUCCCCUGCAUCUACCAAUCUUU